AUGCCUCCAGCUCAGCGUAGUGCCUAUCAGAGAGCCUUGUCCAUGGAUGCAAAGCCCAUGGGUGGAGAGGUAGCAGUAGGAGGUGGCCUGGCCGGGAGACGGAAUGUCCCCUGUCCCUCAUUGGUGAAACAGGAGAAGAUGGACGCUCCGAUCCGACCUGGUCUCGUUCCGAAUGGCUUUCCAGGGGGCAUGGGUGUGUGUCCACCACGGGGCAAUCCAACAAGAGGGAUGGGCAGAGGUAUGGGAAUGCCUCAGCGGCCUCCUAUGUCAGCGCCAGGGGACUGGGGGAUGCCGAGGGCCAGCGGCAGCCCUGUGGGUGGACCAGGACAUCCUGGCAUGGGUCGCUCUGGUCCAAUGGGAGGACCCAUGAUCAACCGGUCCAACAGUGUACCUGGAAAGAACAGGUCUAUGCUGCAGCAGCAACUCAUGGAUAUGG